GGACUUUAUGUUGUAAUUUAUCACUUUAUUUUAGUGCUGCAUUUAUAUGUAUACUUUUAUUAUAUAUAGUGUAUCCUUUUGGCUGCUCACUCUUAAUUUUGUCACUUAUAUUUUUGCCUUCAAGCAUAGUGAAUAUAUGGGCGGACUGACCAUUUGGAAACUCGGGCACUGCCCGAGGGCCCAGGGUCAGUAGGGGGCCCCAUGAGAUGCCCCUGGUACCUUUUUCAUAGGCUUUUUUGAGUUUGGGCAAGGACACAGGGGCCCCUUGAUCCCCUAUUGCCCGGGGGCCCCAUGA